AGUGGUAGACAUCAACACAACUUUUCAAAUCGCCGAGACCAUAGGAUAGGACUGGACCGAGGACUCGAUUUAAAACAUCGGAAACGUACUAAAAGCUGUAAAAAUGAUAAAUCAUGAAGACUUUCAACGACAAUUCAAAUCUGUUAUGGAAAACCUUUUACAUGCAGCUGUUUCUGAAACGACGAAACUCUUCGAGAACACUGUGCAAGAAAUGAAAGCAGAGUUGCUUCGGUUGAAGAAAAAGGACAGUAACUUCGAACAGCAAAUUUUUUCAGAAGACAAUCAUAUUCCUAUAUCUAUCAAGAAUCCAUGUACACGGGAUGUGGGUAUACAGUGUGUAACACCCACCCUUUUGGAGCGGUCCUGCAGUCCUUCCCUACAUGGAGAAAACGACAAAGAUAGAUUUUUAGGUUUGCCUCCAGGUCUUCUACAGUAUGGGAACCAACAGCUUGCAGUGCUUCUUAUCAAGCAAGAGGAUGCAGACAUGUAUGACUACAGCUCUGCGUGCGUCUUCCCGAGGCUGACAGGUGACCAGUUAAAGUCCUGCCUGGUGCAGAGGACUCAGGCACCAGUUACAUCUCAAGAAGCUGACCAGAGUCCAUCAAAUGAAUCCACAGCUCUGCACACCCAUAAUCCCACUCCUUCUCCAUCUCAACCUGUGCAAGAGCCUGCUCCCUCAGCACCUGUUGAAACGGCUCAAAGUCGGGAAUUUAAUCCUUUAGACAGUCUCCAGGCCUCUUUAGACCUGAUGCCUGAUAUACCGGAGGGAAAUCCUGCCACGCCAUUGCCAUCACCACCUGCACCACCCACAUCAACCAGCCCCCAGACAGAUGCAGCUGCCAGCACACCUGCUACACCCAUGGCUGCACACAAGGUAAUUACCUUGAAAUUAGAACCAAUUGAUUGUGAAAUAGAUCAGUCACAUCCACUGACUCACCAGGACAAGCCUAGACGGCCAAGUACCAGGCAAUCAAAGUCAAAGCUUUGUCAUGUGGUGACUCUAGAGACAACCCAAUCACAGGCAAAAAAUCCCCCUCAGGAAAAAUCUACAGACAAUUUGAUAUUCCAGAAGCGGCAAGCAGUGGUCACUCUGACCCACUGCGAUACUUCUCCGAGGCCUAGCAAGGCUGUAGCCCAGAAGAAACCACGCCACACAGGUGGGGGCCCUGUCGGUAAGAACCAGUGUGAGGUGUGCAUGCGCACAUUAAGCAGUGCAUCGUCCUUGCAAAGCCACCGCUUGUUGCACACGGGCGAGAGGCCAUUUUCCUGUGACCGCUGUGACAAGUCCUUCACCAGCGUGCGUGGCCUCAACCGCCACGUGCGGGUGCACUCAGGCGGUAGGCCACACCAGUGCGCACAGUGUGGCAAGUCAUUCGUCUAUCAGUUCAACCUCACAGCGCACCAGCUCACCCAUGGCAGCAAAAAGCCGUACGGCUGCGGCGUCUGCGGCAAACGCUUCCUGUCCAAACCAGAGCUAACCACGCAUUCGCGCGUGCACACCAACGAGAAGCCCUACAAGUGCACGCUGUGCGGGAAGAAGUUCAAGUACCGCAUGUCGUACAACACACACAUGCGAGGACAUCACGGAGAUUUGCGCUACAAAUGCACAAUCUGUGGCAAAGCCUUUGUAGACCCCAGCAACUUGAAUACACACAAGCGCAUACACACUGGGGAGAAGCCAUACAAGUGUAAAGAGUGUGGGAAGACGUUCACACAGUCAGGCCAUCUCAAGAAGCAUGUCACGACGCAACAUGCAUAGCUAUCAAAUUGUCAAGCUCUGGGACUAAAGUUUUUUAUCAUUUUUAUCAAGUUAGCAAUGUAGGUUGGUGUAGUAGACCUACACCAUGCAACAACAAAUCAAUUGGGAUUAAUAUGAGUCCAUAUGAUGUGCCAGUGUGUUGAUUUAUAUCAGGGAUUCUCAAAUCUACUGGACUUUUUGCAGGCUCACAUAUGGUGUUUUCAUGAGUAGUCAACUCAUUACGGUUAUGCUCAAUAGUGUGUCUCACACUUUUCAAAUAUUUUGUAUGAAAAUCAUGUAUAGCAUUGCUAUAUAUUAGCAAUUCCAGUGGCACAGAUGAUCAAUGUACACUUCUUGUAAUGUAUUAUAUGGGGGUGGUUACUGUGGCAGUAAUUAGUUUAGACCAUGGAUGUGAAAUGAAAAUGUUUAGGAGAGAAAGUUUCACACAGCUUAUAAGGUUGUAAAUGUAUCUACCUUCUUACUCAUCUGUGAAAUAUUUUAGAUAUGAACGCUGAACAUGUGUAUGUGCUUUUUUGUAUACAUUCAUGUUUAUAUCGGAUGCUUCACUUAUGUUGCUAUUUCUUUUUUAUUCAUCAUGUCAUUGUAUGACAUAGAUUUUUAAUAAAAGCUUAAGAGGAA